CACACACACACACACUGACACGCACACUCAGAGAGAAAGAGAAAGAGAGACCUGGGGUUACAUGCGCAGGGAGAGAGUGUGUAGCGCUCACACAAGCUGAAACUUCGCCGAACGCAGGAGGCAGAAACGCGGAAAAGCGGCUGAAAUUUACGCAGAGACAAAAAUGAGCAGUCAGUUCGACGACGAUGCGCGCGACAGGAGCGAGUGUAAAAGCAAGUCUCCGACCGUCCUCUCGUCCUACUGCAUCGAGAGCAUUCUGGGCCGGAGGAGUCCCUGCAAAGUCCGGCUGCUGGGGGCGCAAAGUUUAACAGCGCGGCCGGAGCACGAGCAGCCUACUGAAGUUUCCACCAAAGAGCUCUCCUUUGACUCGGACAUGCACCUUCCGCCCAAACUGCGCCGGCUCUACGGCCCCGGGGGGAAAUACCUGGACACCAACAGGGUGUUUCAGGAUCACGGGGAGAAAAGCGAGCUCGGCUGCGAGAGCAUGAAGAUCAGCCAGGCGCCGCAGGUCAGCAUCAGCCGGAGCAAGUCGUACCGGGAGAACGCGCCGUUCAGCGGGCUGGAGGAGGCGCGCAGCAGCCCGGAGCUGGCCGAGCUCGGAGCACUCAAGUUCGAGGAGGAUGCGGUGAAGGAGGAAGAGGAGGAGGAAGAGGAGGAGGAGGCGUGCGGAGCCGAGCAUGGCCUGUCGCCCAAGGACGAGCCGAGCCCACGCAACGACGCAGACGUGAAGGACGGAGAGGACAGUGUGUGUCUGUCUGCGGGCAGCGACUCGGAGGAAGGCAUGCUGAAGCGCAAGCAGAGGAGAUACAGGACCACGUUUACCAGCUACCAGCUGGAGGAGCUGGAGAGGGCUUUCCAAAAGACCCACUACCCAGAUGUGUUCACCAGAGAGGAGCUCGCGAUGCGGCUGGACCUCACCGAGGCGCGAGUGCAGGUUUGGUUUCAGAACCGGAGAGCAAAAUGGAGAAAGAGAGAGAAGGCAGGAGUUCAGUCUCAUCCACCAGGUCUACCCUUCCCUGGUCCACUAGCGGCAGCUCACCCCUUAAGUCACUAUCUAGAGGGCGGCCCGUUCCCUCCUCAUCCACAUCCAGCCCUGGAGUCGGCCUGGACCGCUGCCGCAGCAGCCGCUGCCUUUCCAGGACUUGCGCCACCACAUAACAGCUCCGCCCUUCCUCCAGCCACACCCCUUGGUUUGGGCACCUUCCUGGGCACCGCCAUGUUCCGCCAUCCGGCCUUCAUCGGACCCACUUUUGGCAGACUUUUCUCCAGCAUGGGUCCCCUGACCAGCGCUUCCACGGCUGCUGCUCUUCUGCGCCAAGCCACACCACCAGUGGAAAGUCCGGUGCAGCCGGCCGCAGGUCUGUCAGACCCACCCAGCGCCUCGUCUUCUUCCUCCACCUCCGCAGCUGCCGACCGCCGAGCCUCGAGCAUCGCCGCGCUACGUCUUAAAGCAAAAGAACACUCGGCUCAGCUCACUCAGCUGAAUAUCCUGCCUGCCAGCUCUACAGGGAAGGAGGUCUGCUGAAGCUCUCUCUCUCUGAAAUAUAAACCCCUUCCUGAUAAAAAUAAUAAAGCAUGACCAAAUCCACAGUGCAACAGCACACCGGCAAUUGAGCUGAGCCGAGCCCUGGAGGCGUGAUGCACUGUUACAGCGCCCACCUUAUUGGACAUCAUCAACGACCUGAACCCCAGUCUGCAAUGUAGCUACGCUGGCAUCACUACGACAGCCAGUCCAAUGGUACUUAGG